AGAUUUAUUGUAACACAAUUUCGGGCCACACAUCACACUUCAAAAUUAUAAAACAAAUUGUAUUUUCCAAAUUUUAAAGAUGCUGCGUCAGUUAAGAGCCAACUUACUAUUGCAUACAAGUAGUGUAAAGAUUAUCACAUUAGCUGCAUUUUCGGCAAAAAUAACACCAGAUAAAAAUCCAAGUAUCUAUCAGUCUGGCAUUUUCAUCAACAAUGAGUGGCUUGAUAGCAAGUCAGGCGAAACCUUCUGCACCAUUAAUCCAAGCACAGAGGAGGCUAUCUGCUCUGUUGAAAGAGGAGGGAAGAAAGAAAUCGAUCUAGCCGUGGAGGCGGCUAAAAAUGCAUUCAAACUGGGGUCUCCUUGGCGCCGCAUGGAUGCCUCGGACCGAGGACGUCUGAUAAAUCGACUGGCAGAUCUCAUCGAACGAGAUUCCCUCUACUUGGCUAGCUUGGAGACCGUGGAUAAUGGGAAACCCUUCGCCAUGUCUAAGAAGGUGGAUUUGCCACUGACUGUGAAGAGUCUGCGAUACUUUGCCGGAUGGGCUGACAAGAUACACGGCAGGACGAUAGCCGCUGAUGGUGACGUCUUCUGCUACACACUACACGAGCCGGUAGGCGUGUGUGCUCAGAUCAUACCCUGGAACUUCCCCCUCCUGAUGCUCGCCUGGAAAUUCGGUCCAGCCCUGGCCACUGGAAAUACAAUAGUACUGAAGCCUGCCGAGCAGACACCGCUUACGGCCCUCUUUGUAGGUCAGCUGGUGAAGGAAGCUGGCUUUCCGCCGGGUGUGGUGAACAUCGUGCCCGGCUAUGGGGAUAUAGGCGCCUAUUUGGCUAAGCACUGCGAAGUCGAUAAGGUCGCCUUCACGGGCUCAACCGAAGUGGGUCGUCAGAUUAAGUCGGCUGCAGGCGACACAAAUCUGAAACGAGUUACCCUCGAGCUGGGUGGAAAAUCUCCAAACAUUGUCCUAGCCGACGCAGAUAUGGACUACGCAGUUGAGAUGUCCCACUUUGCACUAUUUUUCAAUAUGGGUCAGUGCUGUUGUGCAGCCUCGCGAACUUUUGUCGAGGAUAAGAUCUACGAUAAAUUCGUGGAACAAAGUUGUCAGCGUGCCAAAAAACGCAGUGUGGGCGAUCCGUUUGACGAGAACACCGAACAGGGUCCACAGAUCAGUAAAGAACAUAUGGAAAAGAUAUUGGGAAUGAUUCAGACGGGAGUAAAGGAGGGCGCCAAACUGGUAACUGGUGGUAAGCGAGCUGAUGGACCUGGUUACUUUGUGGAGCCAACCGUAUUUGCAGAUGUUAAAGAUGACAUGGCAAUUGCACGCGAAGAGAUCUUUGGUCCUGUUCAGCAGAUUAUUCGCUUCAAGAAUAUAGAUGAGGUCAUCGAGCGAGCAAAUGACUCACAAUACGGCUUAGCUGCUUCUGUAUUUACCAAGGAUCUGGACAAAGCCAACCAUAUUAUUGGAGGUCUGCGAGCUGGUACCGUGUGGGUGAACACUUACAACGUGCUUGGGGCUCAGAAUCCAUUCGGGGGCUAUAAGAUGUCGGGACAUGGCCGAGAGAACGGCGAAUACGCUCUCUCGAACUAUACAGAGAUUAAGAGUGUAAUUGUGAAGGUGACGGAGAAGAACUCCUGAAUGAUGCUUACAAAUCAAUCAGGAGUUUGCUCCCGCCGCGAGGUUUGAAUCUGUGUUUUAAAUUUAAGUAAUUAGACAGCAAAAAAAAUUGUGUACAAAAGUCAAUUGCACUUCAGAAACAAUUUACAAUCUAUAACUAUAAAUAUAAUUGUAAUAAUAAAAGGUGCCACGAACACUUUUAA